AAAGUGACAGAUGGGCGAAGUAGCCAGCGGCCAUUUUUAUUUUCACUUGUACACAGUGGAAAAAUCGACCGAUUGGCAAAGUACAUAAAUAUGAAGUUUUAGUAAAAAAAAGCAGAAAUUGUUGUGAAUCUUAAUAAAAGUUAAUAUAGUUUACAGAAUGUCUGGUUCACAGCGUUCUUUUGCUCAGAAAUUAACGAAGCACAAUUCGUCCGAGGUGCGAAAAAAUGUCGUCGUUAAUCAUUUGCAAACAAAGGCAGUGGAUUCCGGCUCGAUGUGUUCAUCAACGCUUUCGCUUACGGAGCCCGUUGAGCCGUUGGAUUAUGAAGAAUUUCUUACACAACAUAUGAAUAUAUUGAAUAGGGACCCACUGAAGCAUAUACUCGAUUUUCCACCUACUGAUGUGGCUGUUAAAAUCAUUCCGCGUAAGAUACGCACCAUUGAACAUGUUGUGCCGAAAGAAAAUAUCGCCGAACUACCGCUCUAUGUGCAGGAAUGCGUCAACUGUUAUACACGUCCCUGGAAAGUAGUCGAAUACGCACAGCGUCACUACUCCAGUUCCUGUUGUUCACGCGAACGCAUCGAUCGUGGCACCAUCAGUCCGUCUGCCUACCAGCAAGAGUUUGAGAUCGACAAAGAAUUCACCUCUUUCGAUGAGAACCUAACAGACAAAAGCGAUAGUUGCACACCAAGUUCACGACAAUCUAUCGCCAGUUUGUCUUCAGUAAGUUCAUGCACAGAUACAUUGACGCCACGCGGCUCUUGGGCUAGUUUUGAUUUGCGACGUUCGGUAAAUGAUCCACUAAUACCGAAUUUAUUAGAUGAUGUGCCACCGGAACAAAUUGAUCAAAUGAAUGAGUCACGUCGACAAGAAGAUCGACAGGAAGCGCUCUUUACACUCUAUCCUGAAGCUGAUCCAGAGGAUAUUAUCGAACGACGUUUACCAGCUGAAAUACCCAUGGAACAUUUGGGUCAUCGCAUACUAGUGAAAUGCUUACAGCUACGUUUGGAAUUAGAAGUGGAACCAAUUUUCGCCACAAUGGCAAUUUACGAUGCGAAAGAACGUAAAAAGAUAUCGGAAAAUUUCUACUUUGAUAUGAAUUCAGAUAAUUUGAAGCGUAUGCUUAGCACACAUGUGCGUUGCGCAGACGCAAGCACACAAAGUCGUGCUGGCAUUUUUGAGAUAACAUAUCCGAGUAGCGACAUAUUUCUAGUCAUACGUUUGGAAAAAGUCUUACAGGGUGAUAUCAAAGAUUCUGUGGAACCGUAUUUAAAAGAUGACAAAGAUAAGUAUCGCGAGAAAGCCAAAUCGAAUGCUGCUGAUUUCUGUGAGCGUUUGGGUAAAUAUCGUAUGCCAUUUGCAUGGACAGGUAUUUAUUUGAAUAGCAUAUUUAAUGGUGAGAAUGUGGAAAAUAAAGAUGCUGUUGCUGCUAAUGCAGAGAAAGAUACCACAAGUGGUGGUAAUUUGACGUCGGCCGUGAGCUCUAACAGUUUAGAUCGCAAAGCAUCCACUAGUAGUUUUGAUCAACUACGCCGUAAAGCGAACGAUAUGAGCGGCACAUUAACGCGCCGCGGCUCGCUGGAACGCAAAGAAAAGCGGCGAUCCUGGUCACUGGAUGACUUUGCAAAUGUAAUUGAGACUUUCCGACCCAUAACGAUCACAGUAUCCAGUUUCUUUAAACAAGAAUCUGAUAAAAUGAAGGAUGAAGACCUCUACAAAUUCUUAGCCGAGUUGAAACGUCCCAGUAACGCAAUGAAAAAAUAUAAAUGCAUACCCGGUUCAAUAAAACUGGAAAUUUUACCUUGUCCCGAAGAGGUGAAAAACGCUUUAACACCCGAAUUAGCCAAAGUCGAUCCUUAUCCCGAAGAUAAAACGCGUCCAAUCAAGGAAAUAUUGGAGUUUCCCUCCACCGCUAUCUAUAAUCCACAUUACACAUACCGCAAUUUGCUUUUCGUCUCACCAAAAGAGUUGAAUUUCUCCUCACGCGCCGGUUCGGCACGCAACAUCGCCGUACGCGUACAAUUGAUGGCAGGUGAAACACAAAUGGAUGCAGUAAAUGCAAUUUAUGGCAAAUCUUCAUGUCCGGAAUAUGCCAGCGAAGCCUUCACUGCGGUCAACUAUCAUAACAAAUGUCCAACAUUCUAUGACGAAAUCAAAUUUGCACUACCAGCGUAUAUUAAACAAAAUCAUCAUCUCUUCUUUACGCUCUACCAUGUUUCGUGUCAAAAGAAACCGCAAGAGGUACAACCAUCUGUUGAAACGCCCGUUGGUUACACGUGGCUGCCACUGCUGCAGGAUGGCAAAUUGAAAGUGGGCGAAUUUCAAUUACCUGUCAUGGUGGAAACACCACCAGAAAAUUAUUCGUUCAUACCGCCAAAUGUACACUUACCCGGCACAAAAUGGCUGGAUAAUCAUCGGCCCGUCUUUACGAUAACAGUGGAUGCCGUUACGGCAGUGCACACAUUGGAUCCACACUUGGAUGGUUUCUUUCUCACUUGCGAUUAUUUGGAUUCACGCAAAAUACCGCCACGCAUUGGUGAGGGCAAUAUGGAGAAUGAAAUGAAAAAGGCACUGCUGGAGAUUGCUAGUGCUGAACGCGAACCAUUGGUGAAGAAUCUGCAUUUGGUGUUGGAUAAAUUAAUAGAGCUUUUGGUGACGGCCUAUAAAAUAGGCGGUCAACCAAUUUCACUAGGUUCGACCGUCUUCGAAAUGCUUUGUAUGGUGUCGGCGAAUCUCUCGAUUCUUAACGAUGACUUGGUGGUCGACCAGUAUGGCCGUCAGGCGCUGCUCUCUACCUACGUGCAGUUUCAAUGCCGCAUACCACAUCCAUUCGGUGGCAAGCGUCGCAUCACUUACAGCCGCAGUAAUGCCGAAGAGUUAUCGGCUAAUGCCGCCGAAACAUACAGUCUCUACGAAAAUGUAUCCAUUGGGCGCAGUUUGGAUCGCAAAGAGCACACGUUAGAAUUGUCGCCCACAUUUGGUAGUCGCGAUGGUCAAAUACGCUUGCUACAUGAAGAAUUGGCUUUACAUUGGGUUGUGGCCAGCGGCAAAGCAACCGAACUCGCCAUGUCCAAUUCAUGGUUUCUCUUCGAAUUGAUUGUCAAAUCCAUGAUCGAGCAUUUAGAUUAUAGCAGCGCUUUAACUGCGCCACGCAAACAACGUUUCCCACACCAAUUUACGGAUGACAUUUCGACACUUGUACAUUUGGUAACCACUAAAGUGGUAGGCUAUCACAGUGAGGAACCGAAAUUAGCGCAAUCGCUAAAUGCCAGUUUGGGUUUCUUCAUAUUCGAUUUGUUUAGCAUAAUGGAUCGCGGUUUUGUCUUUGGUCUCAUCAAAACUUAUUAUAAAGUCUUGAUAUCGAAGAAUGCCUCCAUACCGGAUUUGAUGAAUUACAAAAUCGACUUUUUACGCAUAGUGUGCAGUCAUGAGCAUUUUGUGGCAUUGAAUUUGCCUUUCGGCACGCCUUACACCACUGUAUCGGCGCCUUGCAGCCCAACGCCGAGCACCACGUCGAGCAAUAGUCAAACUUCUUAUAGUUCCAUGGAGCGCGCUUUGCACGCGGAUUUAAAUGCAGAUUUUCGGCAACAACAUUUUCUCGUCGGUUUGGUUUUGAGCGAUUUGGCGACAGUGCUUGAAGUGCCGUAUGUAGCGACUCAUUUAAAAAUGCCAAAUAAUACAUCUUAUGUAAACGCUGCACUUAUUUCAUUCAUCUCUCUUAAUUACAGCAAUCCCCAGCUGCACGGUAAAGCCAUACGUUGCAUACGCAAUCUAAUGACCUCGCACGAUUUAGAUCCACGCUACAGUGAGGUGGAGGCGCGCGCACGCGUUGCAUCGCUCUAUUUGCCUCUACUGGGCGUCGUUAUGGAUGUUAUACCACAACUACACCCAUAUCUCACAGACACAAAUGAUCGUCUACAAAGCAUGGGCUUAUUGGAAGACUAUCAAGGUCCCCACCAGAGUCUUUCCACAUCCACAAUUAAUACUGAUUUUAAUUACGCCAACUCUGGCAAUCGCACCUAUAACUAUCUCAAUGAGCAGAUAAAAAAUAAAUCUCAGUUGAGUAGCGAAAACACGCGACAUUUGCUCGCUUGUUGCAUUUGGGUUUUAAAGAAUCUGGAACGUAGCGUCUUGUAUCGCUGGUUGCUCGGUCUCAAUCCGCAUCGUGUGCAUCAAAUGUUGCAGCUAUUGAACACCUGUAUACCUUGUUUCGAGUAUAAAGGUCAAAAGCGUUUGCCAUCACUCAAACGUAAUACGCAGAGUUUUCGUAAACCGACCGAUCUAAAGGAAAAACUAGAGGAAUGCAUACGUGGCACAAAUUCGGCGCGUUAUGAUCUCAUCAACAGGCGCAAAGAUCGUAAUUCGACGGAGAAAUUUCGUUGGCGCAAAGAUCAAAUGCCAUAUCGUUCGCAAUUCUACGACAACGCCACCAAAGCGGAUCCCGAACUCGAGCUGAACCAUUUUAUCGAAGGCUCACUGGCCACCGAGAUCUCAUUGAUUAUUUUGGAUGCCUUGGAAAUCAUUGUACAGGUUGCUACCAAUUCGGAAAUGCACCACAAUCUAUUGGGUACAGUGUUGAAAGUAAUGCUGCAUGCGCUGUCGCGUAAUCAAAGCACAUUAUCGCUACAAAAUCUGUUCGCCUCGCAACGUGCAUUGAUUUUUAAAUUCCCGAAUUUGCUUUUCGACGAAGAGACAGACAUCUGUGCAGAUCUAUGUUUGUUGCUGUUGAAGCAUUGCGGUUCAUUGCUGCCGGCUAUACGCUCACAAGCUUCGGCAUCACUGUACUUGCUCAUGCGGCAAAACUUCGAGAUCGGAAAUAACUUUGCGCGUGUCAAAAUGCAAGUGACCAUGUCGCUCAGCUCGCUGGUCGGCACCAGUCCUGCAUUCAGCGAACAAUCUUUACGUCGCGCACUGAAAACUGUACUCGUUUACGCCGAAUCCGAUCAGGAUCUGCAAGAAACCUCGUUUCCCGAGCAAGUGCAAGAUCUACUCUUCAAUUUGCACAUGAUACUGUCCGAUACCGUUAAAAUGAAAGAAUACCAAGAGGAUCCUGAAAUGCUGCUCGAUCUCAUGCAUCGCAUUGCCAAAGGUUAUCAAAACAAUCCGGACUUACGUCUCACCUGGUUGGAGAAUAUGGCGAAGAAGCAUCGUGAGCGCGCCAAUCACACCGAAGCAGCCAUGUGUUAUGUACAUUCGGCGGCGCUGGUUGCCGAAUAUCUUAGUAUGUUGGAAUCGCAAACGCACUUACCCGUUGGCGCUGUUAGCUUUCAAAGUGUCACACCAAACGCGCUCAUGGAGUCAGCCGUUUCGGAUGAUGUACUAAGUCCUGGCGAAGAUGGCAUUUGUUUGGGCAAUCAUUUUACCGAAAGUGGGCUGAAAGUGUUGCUGGAAGAAGCAUCGAAUUCAUUUCAAAUUGCUGGCAUGUACGAGGCCAUGAAUGAGGUGUAUAAAAUUUUAACACCCAUUUGUGAAGCGAAUCGAGAUUUUCAGAAAUUGGGCAAAAUUCAUGGUAAACUACAAGAGGCCUUCAAUCGCAUCGCACAACUGCAGGGCAAACGUGUAUUUGGCACUUACUUCCGUGUCGGCUUCUAUGGCACGAAAUUCGGUGAUUUGGAUCAGCAAGAAUUCAUUUACAAAGAACCAACACUAACUAAAUUACCAGAAAUAUUUAGUCGCCUGCAGAACUUUUAUGCCGAUCGUUUUGGUCCCGACUCAGUUCACAUAAUCAAAGACUCUAAUUCGGUCGAUAUUAAUUCAUUGGAUCCCGAAAAAGCUUACAUACAAAUAACCUACGUGGAACCGUACUUCGAAACUUAUGAGCUACGUCACCGUGAGACCUAUUUCGAGCGUAAUUUCAAUAUAAAACGUUUCAUAUUCGCCACGCCAUUUACCAAGUCCGGCAAAGCGCAUGGUGACCUACACGAGCAAUGCAAACGUAAGACCAUACUCACCACAGCCAAUCACUUUCCCUACGUAAAGACACGUAUACAGGUGAUCGCGCGACAACAAAUCAUACUGGAACCGAUUGAAGUGGCUAUCGAGGAUAUACACAAGAAGACAGCUGAACUUGCAGCAGCUACCAAUCAAGAACCGGCCGAUCCGAAAAUAUUACAAAUGGUUUUGCAAGGUUGCAUCGGCACUACAGUCAAUCAGGGACCUAUGGAAAUGGCUACAGUCUUUCUCGCGAAUCUUUCUGAUGGCGUAACGGUGCCAACCAAACAUCAAAAUAAGCUAAGACUUUGUUUCCGUGAAUUCUCCAAACGUUGCGCCGACGCAUUGAAGAAGAAUCGUAAUUUAAUAUCGAGCGAUCAAAAGGACUAUCAGCGAGAAUUGGAACGAAAUCAUGAGCGUUUUGUGGAGCGCUUAACACCAUUGAUAACAUUAACGGCCGCGCAGGCGCAAGGUGUUGUGAAAGCCAAUGCUUACAUCUAUAAAAGUACACCUUUAAAAUGGUAAUGUCACCAAUUAGUUGGAUUUGGUGAAGUAUAUCAUGGGCACAUACAUAUAUGUGUAUAUAUAUGUAUAUUACUACACUUAAUAUGGAUUUUUAAUUCAAAUACUUGAAUCAGCUGAAUAAUGUAUUUUAUACCUUUCCUACCGACCCUCUUACAUGUCUGUACCUAUGGAUUUUCUGUGGACCCUAUUGUUAUUGUAAUAUUCGAAUAUGUUUUUAGUGUUGCGGAUUAUUUUAAGUAAUGCCGUUUUUACUAAAUAUAUAAACCGCAUCUUUAUGAAUUAAGUAUUAGUGUAAUAGUAUUAAGUUUUGAUUUUGAACUGACUUUUUUCGAAUUUAACACAUACAUACAUAUGUGAAAUAGCUGUAGUUGAGACUUGAUUAGUUUGCGCUUGGUAUUUGAAAGCACUUUAACCGUUAUUCUUAUGACGCUUACUUUCUUCUUUGGUUUCAAAUUUGAAAGAAGAUUUAUAAAUAAUAUUUUAUGCUUUCAUUCAAUUUUUUUUUUAUAAAUAAUUUAUUUUUUAUAAAUAUAUUUACGUAUAUAAUUUUUUUUACAAUAUAAUUUUUUUUUAUAAUUUUUUUUAUAAUAUUUUUUACAAUAUAAUUGUUUUUUAUAAUAUUUUUUACAAUAUAAUUUUUUUUUAUAAUAUUUUUUACAAUAUCAUUUUUUUUUAUUCUUUUUACAAUAUAAUUUUUUUUUUAUUCUUUUUACAAUAUAAUUUUUUUUUAUAAUUUUUUCUUUAUAAUUAUUUUUUUUAUAAUUUUUAUUUGUAUAAUUUUUUUUAUAAUUUUUUUUUAUAAUUUUUAUUUGUAUAAUUUUUUUUAUAAUUUUUUUUUAUAAUUUUUUUUACAAUAUAAAUUUUUUUUAAAUAUUUUUUUUUUUAAUAUUUUUUUUUUACAAAAUAAUUUCUUUUUUUAUAAUUUUUUUUUAUAUAAUCUUUUUUUUAUAAUUUUUUUUAUAUAAUCUUUUUUUAUACUAUUCAGUCAAAAUAUUGAAUUUAAAUAAUUUCCUGAGUUCAAUUACGAAUAUACAUACAUAUGCACACAUACAUAAAUUUAUAUAUUUUUUUUAUAAUUAAUUUUGUUUUAUAACUUAUUUUUUUAAUAUUAUUUCUAUUUUUUUUAUUUUAUUUUUUUUUUUAAUGGUUUGUUUUUUAAAUUUAAUUUUUUAAUUAAUUGUUUUAAUUUUUUUUUUAAAUAGCCACCAAAUAUUCUGUGCAACAUAACCAAAAAUUGAUUCCAAAAAAUUUCAUAAUUCAUUUAUUAAAAUUUUUUCUGUACAUUUUCAUUUUCUGUUUAUUCGUAAGCGCAUUUGUAGAAAUUUCAAUGCAAUUUAUACACAUCACUUUGAAGUACUAAAUUUAGAAAAGAAAAAAUAUUAAUAAUAUUUAGCACAUGUAGCAUUUUGUAUAGUGUUACUCAAUGAAUGGUUUGUACUUUUAUAUCGAAAGCUUAAGAAUGUAAGACAUAAUACCAAUGUGUAGGUUUAAUUGAGCAAAUUUUGUUCACAUAAAUUAUGUAUUUUACUUAAUUAAUUAAAAAUAAAUGUUUGUAAAAUUAAU